AUGGCAAGUCGACCACACAUCGAGCUGCCUCCUGGCGAGGAGGUGGUGAGCGUGAAGAUGAUCAACCCAGUCAAUUUUGGGCCAGCUAUCAUCAACCGGUUCAUGGAGCCCCCUGUGCCUGGUGUGGAAAAAAAGAAACCCGGACCCGUUUUGACGUUCCUUUUGGAACACCCCUCAGGUCAAAAAUUGGUGUUUGAUCUGGGUAUCCGCAAGGAUUAUCAAAAUUACGCUCCCACUGUGGCAAAUUAUAUACCGACCACGAAUUACGACAUACAAGUAUCAAAGAACGUGGUCGAUAUCCUAGAAGAGAACGGGAUCUCUGGAGAGAGCAUCAAUGCAGUUAUCUGGAGCCAUUGGCAUUGGGACCAUAUUGGGGACCCAUCCAGCUUCCCUAGCAGCACUGAGUUAAUUGUGGGAUCCGGGUUCUCGGAUGCCAUGUUGCCUGGUUAUCCUGCCAAUCCCAAAUCUCCUAUCCGGGAGAGCGACUAUGCUGGCCGCUCCCUGCGCGAGAUUCAAUUUGAUGGGCCAGAUGCCCUGCGUAUUGGAAAAUUCCCAGCAGUCGAUUACUUCGGUGAUGGAUCUUUCUACCUCUUGGACAGCCCAGGACAUGCAAUCGGGCAUCUUUGCGGUCUAGCGAGAACGACUGUAGAUCCCCCUACUUUCGUCAUGAUGGGAGGGGAUAUCUGUCAUUACGCGGGCAUCUUUCGGCCAUCGAAAUAUCUCCCUGUGCCAGCGUCAAUCUCUCCACACCCGUAUAAUGCAGAGAGUGAGGGACCAUUCUGCCCUGGCAGUGUUUUUGAUGAUAUGCAGCACACCAGAGGAAGAAAGCCAACAGAUACGGUCUACGAGAUGUGUUUCGGUCACGACAUCCCCCUUGCGCAGAAGACCCGUGACCAACUGCAAGAAUUGGACUGUGAUGAGAACAUAUUUGUUAUUAUUGCACAUGAUUCAAGUGUCAGAGAUGGGGUUGACCACUUCCCAUUGAGUCUCAAUGGUUGGAAGGAGAAGGGGUGGGCCCAGAAUGUCAAGUGGACUUGGUUUCGGGAUCUGGAACCCUUUUGGAAGUCGAAAGGCUUGUAA